AUGGGAAAGAAGCCAGAAGCAGGAACGCCAAAAGCGUUGUCCAACCAGAUGAAGUCGAAGGGAAUGCAAAAGCUGCGUUUCUACUGCCAGCUCUGUCAGAAGCAAUGCCGCGACGAGAACGGUUUCAAAUGCCAUCUCAUGUCAGAGGGUCAUCAACGGCAGAUGCUUUUGUGUGCGGAUGAUCCAGGCCAUUUGAAUAAAGUAACGUCCGAAUUCUCGGCAGACUUUCUCGGCGGUUUCCUUCAAAUCCUGCGCCUCUGCUACGCCGGGCAGCGGGUCUCUGCGAACAAAGUCUACCAAGACUACAUCUCCGAUCGGAACCACACUCACAUGAAUGCGACGCGCUGGCACACGCUUUCCGGCUUCGUCCAAUGGCUCGGCAAAACUGGCUACUGCAAGAUUGACUUUGUCGAAGAGAAGAACCAGUGGUUCCUCGAGUACGUGGAUAACUCGCCAGAGACGCUGCAGCGUAAGGCGGAACAGGAGAAGCUCAAGAAAGCGCGGAAAGACGACAUGGAGCGGCAGCAGGACGCGAUUGCCCAAAUGAUUGAACGAGGAAAGCAGCGCGAAGUUGAAAAGGGCCUUGCUCUUCCUGAAAGCGUGGCGACAGAACUGAAGCGCGACGAUUCCGACGCGCCGAUCAAAGUCAACUUGGGAUUGAAGAAACUGACGCAAAGCUCAGCCCUGAAAAGCGUGAACCCUUUCGAAAACUUGAAACGGAAAGCGAUUGAAAACGCGAUUGAAAAGAAGAAGGCGAUCAAGCAAGAGCCGGGAAAGACGAGCAUGAUGGAGCAGAUUCGCCGCGCAGAGCAAUCCAUGAAGAGACCGAAACUCGAACCCGAUAUUAAGACGGAGCCUGAUAUCAAACAAGAACCGGGUGUUGAGGCAAAACCGAAGGUCAAGGAAGAACCUGGGAGCGAAAAGGCGCCCGAAGAGAAAUGGAUCCAUAAGAAUAUCGUCGUUAAAGUCAUGAAUAAAAAGCUGGGAGAAAAUUUCUACAAGCAAAAAGGCUUCAUCCAAAAGACAGAAGACUUCAUGGCAGUGGUGAAGAUGCUCGAGAGUGGGAAGCGUGCGAAGAUUGAUCAGGUUGAUCUGGACACGGUCAUCCCAAGUGUCGGCCGAGAGGUCGUCAUUUUAGUAGGGAAAUAUCGAGGCGAGAUCGCAACGCUCAAAGAAAUCCACCAGAGCAAGUUCAAAGCAACUGUCAAAUUCGGCGACAAAUACCGCGACUUUCCAUACGAACACAUAUCCAAAUCUGAUAUGGCUGCGCUUCCUCCGAAAUACAAGCCGAUUCUGAAUGCAUUCAGAACAGCGCAACAGUUUGAGAAAAAAGACACAGUUGUUGCUUACUGGUCGAGGUUUUAUUGCGUUCAAGAGGCGAUGAAGAUCGAUUCGAAAGACAAAGAUGGGCGAAUGUGGAUUCUAUCGCAAAUGGACUGGCUCGAGCAGGUGAAGAAGGCGCACGCAGAAAACGAGGCGAUUACCCAGGAAGUAGUCGGCCAAGCUCAUUUUGAAAAUGCAACACUGGCAUUAUUCGCGCGAGCAGAUGCAAUGGACCGCGCCGCACAAUUCACAGCAAAUCUGCCAAAAAUCUUCGCUAUGACCGCUUCACUCAUCAAUAUCAUGACAAUCUUCGGCGAGGUAUCUGAAGACUGGGCGGAAAAGAAGAAAUAUGCGCUUUACAAAACGGUUGACAUCACGAAAUGUCUCAAAGAAGGAAGACAACCUGUGCCCGGUCCUCCAGGCGGUUUUCAGGAUGAGGAAGACGAGCUCGAUCAGCUCGGCGUAGAAGAUACUCCUUCCUCCUCAUACGUACCGCCGCAAGAGCCAAGCACGAGCAGUUUUCAGCCGCCAGCAGAGCCAACUUUCACCCCUCCCGUCGUGCCCGAAGCCGCUCCUCGUAGUGUGCCUACUCCUAAGGCCGAGCCAGCUCCCGCUGCUGUGAAUCCAAUCGCAGGAUUCCGCCCGGACCAAGCUCAAAUCGACAAAGCCUCGAAGAACGCAAAAUUUGCCAUUUCGUCGUUGACAUACGACGAUGUGCCGGGUGCAAUCAGUUUCCUUCAAAAAUCACUCCGACUUCUUCAAACUGGCCAAGAAUAA